UGUUCUAGCUGAUGCUCUUCUUCGUGCCUUCCUCCUCCCGGCUGGUCGCCCACUGCACCGGGGCUCUCUCUCUCUCUCUCUCUAUACUCUCCUCGAUGUGCACGGAUCGAACCCCUGAUUGAGCCUUCCACGCUCCUCGUCCGCCAAUUCACCGUCGUCUGCAGGAUGUGAAUUUGCACGGAGAAAGCCCCCCUCCCCUCUUUUCUCAUUCUGGCCGUUGUUUUGUCUUGCUUUCUCGGUCUUCCCUCCUUCUCUUUUGGGGAUUUUCCGGCAAUUUGUUCCCCCUCGUGCCCUCUCGCGCCCGAGCAUGAAGGACCCCUUGGAUCGCACGAAGGUGGUGCUGAGGCAUCUGCCGCCAUCGAUCUCGCAGGCCGUCCUUAUGGAGCAAGUCGACGCCCGCUUCGCCGGACGGUACCGGUGGACCGCUUUCCGGCCUGGGAAAACGAGCCAUAAGAACAUGCGCUAUGCUCGAGCUUAUAUAGAUUUCAAAAGGCCUGAGGAUGUUCUCGAGUUUGCUGAGUUCUUUGAUGGUCAUGUUUUUGUCAAUGAGAAAGGUUCUCAAUUUAAGACCAUUGUCGAAUAUGCACCUUCACAACGUGUCCCAAAGUCGUGGUCGAAGAAGGAUGGUCGUGAAGGGACCAUUCACAAAGACUCCGAAUAUUUGGAGUUUCUGGAAAUGCUUGCUAAGCCAGUGGAGAAUCUUCCAAGUGCAGAGAUACAAUUGGAAAGAAGAGAAGCAGAACGUGCAAGUGCACCAAAGGAAACAAUCGUUAUUACUCCCCUCAUGGAGUUUGUUCGGCAGAAAAGAGCUACUAAAAAUGGGUCUCAGAGGACACCUUCUGGGAAGCUUAGCCGGCGAACUAGUGCUUCUGCUGCUGCUUCUGGAUCUGCUUCUCAUAAGAGAGGGCCUGAGAAACGAAAAAUCUCUGCUUCUAUGUAUGUUUUGAGGGACAAUACAAAGGUUUCAGCUGGCAAAACAAGUUAUACAAUAGUAGCAAGAAAAGAUGAGAAGAAGACUUCAGACGACUCGGGUACUGUUCCAGUGCUUGGAUCUGAAGUAUUGGAAGACGAAAGUGGUGCAUCUGGGCAUGCAGAAACUGGGAAAAAGAAAGUUAUACUUUUGAAGGGGAAAGAGAGAGAGGUAACUUCAACAUCUCCAGUAAAAAAUUCAUCUGGACCAUCCUCUUUCAAACAGAAUCAUAGGCGUGAGAUUAGUGGAAAGCUAAUCAGAAGUAUUCUUUCAAAUAAGGAAGCACAGCAAAAUCAACCACAACCUGCAUCUAUCCAGGUUGAGCAGCAGUUACAGGCAUCACCGAUAGAGAAGGACAAACGUCCACCGCGGCCAGUUCGUACUGUUUCAAAGGAUUCUGCCCAUGCAUCAUCUGCUUCUCUGUCACAAUCUGAUAACAGAAGGAUAUCAGAUGAGAAAGUUAUUGGUAAUGAUCCACAUGGUCUAUCACCAGCCAGUGAUAAGCCAGACAGAAGGACUAGAAACAAGGAUAGACCUGAUCGGGGAGUAUGGGCCCCACUUCGGCGUUCUGAUGCAUUACAGGCAGUUGAUGAGUCAUCUUCUUUUCCUGGUCGAUCAUCAGCUGAGGCUGUAGAUAGUACACAGGUGGCCAAGCCAAUGGUUUCUAAUAAACGUGGGGACGAUGGACUGGAAACUCGAGACGUCAUAACUGAUAAUCAGUCUGCCAUCACAGUCAAAUCUCGAAACCAGGGUACAUCAAAUCAUCAUGGUCGGUCUGGACGUGGUUUGUCACUGUCUCCUGAUUUUCCAUUGAAUCAUGGUGAAGCUAAAGUUGAUACAGCAAGCACAAGGGGUGGGGAAGCUAAAUCUCAAGGGUUUGGACGCAAUAGCGUUGCAACUGCUGAGAAUGGCUCUCAUAGGUAUGGUCGUCGGGUCUCAGCAACAGGUUCAAGAGAAGUUGACAACUUGCCAAGUACAGUUGAUGGUAAAUCUUCAAAGAGGGGUUCUCCUGGAUAUGGUGCACAUGAGAAGCAAGUCUGGGUUCAGAAGUCUGGAUCGGGUUCCUGAUUUCUUAGAAGUGAUCAUCAACACAAAGAUUUCAGGUAUUGCAUCUUCCAUAAGUGAUGGGUUGUGCAUCACAAACCAUAUGGUUUGGGUGUCACUCGAGAUAUGACAUCAUUAUUCAGAUUGCAGUCAAUGGAAGCAGAUUCUGCUAAGAUCAAAUAUAAUUCCGUAGGAUGGAGAAGAGAUGUCAUCCGAGAAGUCUGGCUUCUAUGUUGGUAUUUUUUGGUGCUGAUGAAGCUGACAUUUCUGUGGAUGGUGAUCUUCUCGACCUUUCAUAUUAGGGAGGUUGCUGAAACCUGCAAGACUGGACAGCAGAGCUUGCUCACAUGCCAUUUGCAGAGUGAAUUUAUUUCAGCUGCUCUAAAUCUUGAGCUGGUUUGGUUUUUCCUCAUCUUGUUCUGUUCCUGGCGGCUUGAGUUGCUUGAGUCUGAAACAUAUUUUCUUAGAGUUGCUAUUCUCGACUGGUGUAUAUACUGAACAUGAAAAUGCUGCACUUGCUGACCUUGAGAUGAAGUUACGAGGCGCUAGUAACGGUGGAAACUGUUGAGCCGGGCAAAUAAUUGGUUAUUUUCAUUGGUGGUUGGAAGGUCUUGCUAAUCAGACUGCUCGGUGUAUACAUUUAUCCUGGUGACUGAUGUUUUGGUUGCCUCUAGUGUGGCUAGACACGAAAGCUUUCAGUGAUUGUAACCAGUAUUGGAUAAUGCUGUAUAUUUUUCCACUAGCCUGAUGAGGUUUGUACUAA